AUGUCUGCUAGAGCACGUCGACGUCGAGCGCAACCUCCAGCUGUUGUGAAUUGUGCAUUUGGAAGUGAUAGUGAUAAUGAUAAUGGUAAUGAAGGACAAAAUAAUGUUGAUAUAGGAGACGAAAAUCAUUCACCAUCAUCAAAUCAAAAUAUCGAUAGAAAUAAUAGUGAUCUUAAUUCAGAUGGCUCUUAUAAACAAGCAUUUUUUACUAUACACAAUAAAACUGUUGAAGUUAUAUUUGAAAAUAAUGUAUUAAGUUGGUCUGAUGUAGUAGGAGAAAUUUCUCAACAUGAUGCUAGUCGACGAAUAUCUAAAAAUAUAACUGAUGGUAAUUCGGUUCGUUUAAAUAAUGUUUAUGCAAUUUCACCAAUUUAUAACAAUUGGAAUUGGUCAAUGAAUUUAAAUGAAAAUAUUGCUGGUACAACUAUAUCUACAUCGAAUAGUAUUGGUUUACCAGCAGUUCCUCAAUCAUCAAAUUUAUCUGAGACUUCAAUUUUACGUGGUUUUCAAUUACAUUCAUAUCAAACUUUGCCGGAUAAUAUUUUACAGGAAAUUCUUAUCGUAUUUCAAAGUGAUGAUGCGAGUUUAAUUGAACGAUGGUUUCAAUUUUUAGCAAGAAAUAUUGCUGAAUUAACAUCACCACGACAUAUAUUUGUUCUUUGUAAUCCAUAUUCUGGUCCAAGACAAACUCGACAUGUAUAUAAUACUAAAAUAAAACCAAUGUUAGAAAAAGCACAAUAUAAAAUAACAUACAUGGAAAUAGGUGAUCAAUGUAGUGCUGAUGAUGCAUUCGAAAGUUUUGAAGGUGAUUUUGAUUCUAUAGAUAGUUUAGUUGUUAUGGGUGGUGAUGGUUCAGUAAUUAAUGUUAUCAAUGCAUUAAUACGUUAUCUAGCAAAACAAAAUCGAACGAGAAUAGACUUUGAAAGUGAUUUACCAUCGAUAUCCAUUCCAAUAUGUAUUGUUCCUAAUGGUACAACAAAUAUUAUUUGCCAUACAAUUCAUGGUAAUGUAGAUCAUUGUACACCAAUAAUGCAUUUAAUUUUCAAUCAUAAAAUGAAAAUUGAUAUGUCAGCAGUAUUUGAUAUUGAUUAUAAAUUUGUUACAGCAAAUUUUAGUGCUGGUGCUGGUUAUCCGGCUAAUGUUUUAAAAUAUUUUCCACGUUAUAAUUUACAUAGUCCAAAAGGUGUUAUUAAAAAAUCAUUUGCAAAAGCAGCUUCAAAAAAAAAUUUACAACCUAUUGAAAUGGAAAUUCGGUAUAUUCCAGCAAUUCAAAAUAAUCCGUUAGUUACUCGUUGUUAUCGAGGUUGUCCAUCAUGUACUCCAGAUGGAAUAGAGAAAUGUGAUAAUCAAGUUCUAGCUUUUGAUGAUAGUCAUAUACAAGAAAUUAAUAAACGAAGAAAAUCUGCAUCAUCAAAUAAUAAUAAUAAUAAUCGUGUAUCAUCAGGAUCUCGAAGAAGUUUUAGUAAACAAAAUGAAGUUGAAAAAAAUUGGAAAACUCUUUAUCAUAAUUAUUUACAAGUUGCUGUAUUAACGAAUGCAAAUUUAUGGUCAUUUGCACCACAAGGCUUAUCAAAAUUUGGUCAUAUAGGUGAUGGUUUACUUGAUUUAGUUUUAAUUGAAACAGUUAAUCGUAAAGAAUUUCUACGUUAUAUUAAACGUAAUGGAAAUUCAAAAAAUCAACAUGAACUUCCAUUUACAAAUAUAAUUAAAGUAAAAGAAAUUGAAAUUGAACUUAAAUUACCAAUUGAUAAUUAUAAUAAUGAGAUAAUCAAUCCUGAUAAUCGAUAUGAUUCCACACCGUCAGAUAAUUCAUCAAAUGAAGAUAUAUCUGAUAAUGAAAAUAAAGCAUCCGGUUCACAACGAUAUCAACCUCAUCCACCAAGUAUGCCUAUACCAGAAAAUAGUCGACCUCGUCGACGUCAUCAUGCUCAAAUAAAUAAACCAACACAAGAAUCUGUUCAACAUGUUCUUCAAACAUCCAAAAGUGUAGAUCCAUCAAUGUUCAAUUCAAAAAAUCGUCAAUUACAACAACAACAAUCAGAAAGUGAAAUGGAUAAUUCACAACUUGAACCUUAUGGUUCAACAAAAACACGUCGUCGUAGUGGAAUUUUUCAAUCAUUAAAAUUAAAGAAAAACAAAAUACCUUUACCACGUCCAUCGAGUGCUCAAAAAGAAGAUCCUAGUGAUGAUAAACAACAAAAUAAAAAUCGUAAAACAACUGGUGGAACUCUUCGACCAGCAAGAUCGCUACUUAAUCUUUUUUCGGGUGGAAAUAUACCAUCAGGAAAAAUGGAUAAAUCAACAACAGACUUAUCACGUAAUUCUUUAUCAGCUGGUACUGGAAGGAAAUUUUCGGUAGUUAGUCGUUCAUCAAGUAUCGAUAAUCCACAAAUACCAGACUUGAAUACUUCAUUUCAAAAUCGGAAAAGACCAUGCAUGUGGAAUUUAGAUUUUAGUCCAUAUAAUUCAUCAUUGAUAAGAAUUAAAUGCUUCUGUCGAUAUUUACCAGUUUAUGGUAAUGGUCUUAGUCCUGAUACAAGAAUAAAAGAAAUUAAUUAUUCAUGUUUUUGGUAA